AUGCCUGGCGCUGGUUCCAUCGACGUGAGAUCCGCAUACCUAAGGUUGAUCGACGGCUUGCUGGCAUUGUACCACGGUGCAGCUAUAAAACAUGCGGAGAAGCUAUGCGAGCUCAGAGACAGCCAGCUCGAUUUGGCAGACUGCCUCCACGAUAUCGAACAACGAAUGGCCUCGGUUUCCUCCGAAAUGCAAGCAGGUGUAGGAUUAGUUCUGACGGAAGAGGAUAAAGUCAGGAAGCAGCUAAUGGAGAGGAUGCUUAAAGAAUUGGAGCGCUCUAAGGCAGUUUACGAGGAGAAAUUGGUGUCUGGCGCUCUGCAAAUGGCGUGGGUGGUCGGUGCCAUUUGGACGAAACAGCGGCAACAGGAGUUGGCGAAACACUUCGCUGGUACACUGUACUCCCUCCGAUUGUCUUCUGACCCCGAAUACGCCACUCAUAUUGAAGUCGCAAGUAAAGAAAUACUGCCUGGUAAAAGCUCCCUUCUCGGCAAUAGCAGUUACGCUUCGCUCCAGUUAGAGUACACGUCCAGCUCGGAUCAGAGUCCACAAAGCCAAGCAUCUCAAACAGCGACUCCUAGACAGAGCUCUGGUGCCCACAUGAAUAUUUUGAAUCCACAUAACGGACAAGCUGGAUUUGCUGAGUCAUUAUUCGCGUUUGUGCCGGAGUAUCAUGUCGACGCCAUGUUGGAACUGUGCAAUACGCUGAGGCUGUACAUGCACCCGACCGUACCGAUUCACCAAAUAGCAGAAUGGGACGAGCUGAUGGUGUCAUGCGCGGGAUUCCUCUGCGCAGAGUUCGCGGAUCAACGGAUAGUGCUGGCCAGUACGAGAGAGUCCCUUGUCCAGACCUUAGCGUCGUUUGCGACCCAGCCGUCGACGAUGAGGGCCAUAGAAAAGGUGCCGAUAAAGCAGCAGAUGUGCAUGGUGGAGGAGUUGGUGCGGCCUUAUCAGAACCGCGCUUGGGCGCAGUCCAACUGGGUGCUCGUCCGUUUCUGGCACGGCUCCGGAUUUGGCUUUCGCCACCGACAGUGGCCACAUUUGGCUGCCAAAUUCGGAGACAGAGAGCCUACAGUGAAUAAUUUAGGAGCCAAAGUGGACGCUGGGCUUAUGAGCCAAUGUUUCGGACCCUGUCCGUCGGAAGUAAUCCAGAGUCGCGUGAGAGACUAUCUAUUAGCGAACCCCAAGGAGGCGGCAUCGUUCCUUAACUCCUUGCUUAGUCAGCUAAACUGGGCCUUCUCGGAGUUUAUCACAAUGAUGCAAGAGAUGGAUAGAGUACACAUUGACGCCAAUCUGGAGCCGCGUCAGAUAAAACUGUGCGCGACUUGCUUCGAUCUGUAUCAUGGGCUGGCUCGGGCGCUUGAGAUGACUCUCCACUUGGUGCCGACGAUGCUAACUAAACCCGAAGUCAGCGAUAACCAAAACGAUCUCCUACUUGGACGCACUUGCCAGAUUCUAAUGGCGGUGCUGUCGCGCGUGUGCGUGCGUGGUGGCGGCGGGGCCGGUUUCGCGCGUCUGGUUGCCAGGGGCCUACCUGACACCGAUCGGAUCCAUUACUACGUCGCCCUAGCCCCUGUAGCUGGGUGCCUCAUUCGCAUGUUGCAUCCUGAUCUUCCCGCUGAUCACUUGCAAAAGGUGACCAAAGUCAUUGUGAACGAGCCUUUAUUCCGUAUAGAUGGCCUGGAAUUUAUGCUUGGGAAGUCUGAAGACAAGCGAUUCUCUUUCUAUAAUUAUCCGGACGACGUCACCGUGGACGAGCUAAAAUCUCUAGAGGCGGUGAUAGGGCGGUUGCGUGUCGCCCGCGAGGCGGUCGCGAAGAUCAGCUCGCCCGGCUCCAGUGGGACCCAGUCCGACCUGCUCUGCACCAUCUGUUACGCCAGGCCAGCCGAUACGGCGUUCAUGCCGUGCGGCCACCACUCUUGCCGUCCGUGUAUAAUGCAGCAUCUGUUGAACAGCAAACAGUGUUUCUUCUGCAAGGCGGAUAUCGAAUCCGUGCGAGAGAUUGAACCGUUGAGCAAU